AUGAGCAGCCAUGAUGCUGGAGCAGAGGCAGGAACCGAGCACAGUCCAUCGCGCUUUACUGCGGUCAAUGGGAAGGACUCGUCCGUCUCCGCCAAAAAGGGGAGUUCCGGUUCGAGGGAGAGAGCACUCUCCGGGUCAGAUAUCCAGGAGAGAUCUAGACUAGAGAUCUCGGAGCAAGAACAUAGUCCGGAGGACCGCGGGUCGCAACGAUCAUCGCCAGAGGCAUCGGCUCAUAUCCAUAAGCGCAAAAGAUCCAACUCCUCCUCCCGGGAGCAUGAAUCGCGGCAUCCAUCAGAACUAGCUGGGACAGCCAGAAGUUCCACGGGUCAUCCCACUGAACUGAGUGCGCCUAUAAACUCCAAUGGGGCAGGUUCAGGAUCGGUCUCGGACAUAGAACCGGGUCCCAAUGGGCCCAGCCGAUCAGAUCCCCCCGAGUCUUCUCAGAUUUCUAAUGGACCAUGGCCCGAAUACGAUGCCCAGUUAGUGAGUCAAGCCCAACGGGCCCAGCAGAUUGAUGCCUCCGACGCCCAACUAGUAGAUGCGCUCCAACGAGAGGCGCAUUCACAGGACCCUGGUCACCGAAACGUGAACGCAUCCCGGUCCACACCCGCCCCGACGGUGCAAUCCUCCUCAUCGCCGGCGUACUCCUCGGAGCGACCGACGACGGCAGUGCAGGUGGCACCCAAGCGCAAACGCGUUUUCAGCAACCGGACCAAGACCGGCUGCAUGACAUGUCGGCGUAGAAAAAAGAAAUGUGAUGAGCAGCAUCCAGCUUGUAACAACUGCCUACGGGGCGGCUUUUUAUGUGAAGGGUACUCCUCGAGGAGUACAUGGCAGAAACCUUCAAGCUCGAAGGCGCCAGUUCCCUUGCAGUCGAAAGAAGGGUAUGCCGAAACCAAUGGUCAAUUUGUGCCAGAAACACAUCAUGACCGGCAGUUGGCAGAGCACAUGGAUUCACGGAAGAUGCGACCAAUUGUGGUGGAAGACGAGCGAGCCGCUCCACAAUAUAACACCAGUCCCACCGAAACGGGCUCCAGUCAUCACCCAUCGUGGUCCAAACGACCUUGGCCCAAUACGGGUCACUCGGGGCAUGCAUAUCCAUCAGAGCACGUCGCCAAGGGGGAUUAUCGAGAGGUUCCAUCUAUUCAUGAGCUCCCGCGGGAUACACUAUCCAAGCCCGACUAUCCCGCAGUGCCUCCGAUUCGAGAAAUCUCGCAUGGGCCACCCCCUAAGGGGAAUAUGCCCUUGUUGUUCCAGGGAGCUGUGGCGCCACCAGUGCCGGCCACGACGAUGGAUACAAACAGCCCUCAGGUACAAGCUCGAAUGGCCCUCAGCAUUGAGAACCAGCUAUCUAGUCGCACGGCAAGCAGCGAUGACACCGAAAUGGACAAGAUGAUGAAAGGCGACCUCUACCGCCCAUUCGAUGUGCAACUUGUAGAGGAAAGGGACCGAUGUCGACGCGCACUCGCCCGAUUCAACAAUGCCUGCAAUCCGCUGAGCGGGCUCAGCUCCAAGGAACAAAAUCGUCUUCUCAAAGAGAUCCUGGCUGCCCAACCUACUUGCACCUUGAAGCCCCCAGGCUCUCCGGGUAUGUCCACGCCGACAAUGCGUCGUCCGGCCCCUAGUCUCGGGCCGGGGGCAAUAGUGGAGUCCCCCUUCACCUGCCACUACGGGUAUCUGAGUAUUGGAGAGGACGUGAUGAUUUCCCAUGACUGUAUAUUUGUGGACGAUUGCUUUAUUUUCGUGGGGGCCCAUACCUGGGUCGGAUCCAAUGUCACUAUCCUCACCAGCAUGGCACAUUCCAGUAUGCAGGAGCGGAAAGGUACCCAGAGCCGAUAUGAAGGUCGCCGAGUACGUAUCAUGGAAGACUGCUACAUUGGGGCAGGGUCUACUAUCUAUCCCGGCGUGACCCUUGGCCGAGGGGCCUACAUUGCUCCUGGAGAGGUUGUUCGGAGUGAUGUGGUUCCCUACGGUUUUCAAGGUUUCAAGCCAAACUACAUGUGA